AUGACAACGAAAAAGCAGAAGAAAACGGCAGAAGAUGAAAACGACAAACUAAUGCACUUACAUAAAGAACCCACAAAGAGCUUACUAAAGAACCUACCAAAAUCGAAGAAGAAUCCACCAAAAAUUGACGAAAGAACCCACAAUGAACUUACCGAAAAAUUUACCAAAAAACUUGCCGAAGAACGCGCCAAAAACGACAAACUUGCUAAAGAACCCACCGAAAAGACGAGCAAAAUUUACUGGAAGAUCUAUAUAAACGCGAAGAAUCAAGAAAUGGAAUACACGAAGACACCAAAAUACGAAGAACUUAAAGAAAAAAAAACCUACUGA